AUGGAGGUUAUCAUGGAAAGGGACAUCCACACAUGGUGUAAAGAUCAAAAGGUAGACCCUCGUCAAAGUGUCUGUAUAGUGGGCAAUUUCGCGGGCAUUACUGAUGACAAAGUGAUCCAAGAAGUACAGAAAUUAUGUGGGAUAAGACUUCCAUGCGUAGUUGAUAAGUGGAAGAGUACUGCAGGAGAUAUAUGUGCUGUACUAAUAACGAUCCAAGAAUAUUUGGAUUCAUCUCUGAUUUCUGCAAAUAUAUUAGUAGACGGAGUGCCAGGCAGGAGGUGGCAAAUAAUGUGGCCUAUCGAUGGGGAAGAGACUGAAGGAGAAGCACAGAUAGCCAUUGGUGAUAAGAGGACUGAGAGACCUGGGGGAAGCCACCCCAAUGCAGGGGAUAGUACUUUACCUAGGGCAGCUACGAGUAACAGUACAAGUGAAUCUAUAGAGCCACAAGUAGAGGCUGUAAUGGACAAAAUGGUUAGCCCCUUCGAACGCUGGCACUAUGAGGGAGGAUACAGGAGGCUCCGAGUUUUCUCCGGCAUAUUACCAGUACCCACCGGAGAAGAAGCAUAUGACGUUUGGAGGGAGGCCGCUGUACAGCACUCAGAAGAGUGGCGGUGCCCAGAGCACAUAAAGAAGCAGAGGAUAGUGGAAAGUCUGAGAGGACCCGCCAUGGGAAUUAUCCAUGCUACACGGAGAAGCAAUCCGGAUGCUGCAUUGAAAGACUAUUUCAGUGCCCUCGACUAUUCUUUCGGGACCAUAGAGGACGUAGGGGAUAUUUUGGCUAGACUAAAUCAGACCUACCAAGAGCCUGCUGAGACUCUUACUUAUUAUAUCUACCGGUUAGACAAAAUGUUAUAUAAAUUGAUGGACAAAGGAGGAAUUGAAGCAUCAGAGAUCGAUGAGAAACGUAUAAAAUAUCUGCUGAGGGGGGCUCUGACUAGCAAUCCUGUUGCUCAGCGACUUCGGUGCAGUGCCGUUGGGACUCGACCCCCUACGUUGGGUGAAUUAAUUAAGGAAGUGAAGUUAGAAGAAGUUCAAAUUGAAAAUAGAGAAAAGAGCCUCAGACGGGUGAAGGUUGUGCUACCUGCACCGGAAGGUCCCACCGAGGGUGAAAAAUUGUGCAAGCUGUUAGAAAAGCAAAAUAAAAAACUGGACCAAAUAAUUACUCUGCAGAGUAAUUCUUCUGGGAUUGCCACUCGAGGGAGAGGUAGAGGGUACUCCAGGCGGCAAGACAAUCGUGAUCAUAUUAUCUGUUAUCGGUGUGGGCAGUUGGGGCACCGAUCGUUUGAGUGUCCUCAAAGUGGAAGUUAUGGAAGAAGUUCUAGCUCCCGUGGAGAUCAGAGUGAAAACCAGCCGGAAAACCCUGGGGGGUGUCGGUGA